CAGAUAAUUGGUUGAAGGUUGUGAACUUGAGAAAAAGAAGUGCUAAAAGACGUGGUGUGUGUUUGUGGGAGAGAGUGCAUGUGAAAAGAGACUUAUUUGUCCGGUAAUCAGUUACCUGUUGGGAGAUGUCGUCGUUGGUUGCCAUUCAGAAGGAGAUGGAGAGUCUCAUCACAUUGCAGUCGGGGGCUGCUGCCAAUCAGACACAACUCAACGACAAGUUCAAGGCGCUGUGGGCGAGUAUAGUGAAGCUAGAGAAGGAGGAUGACGUGGAAAGUGGCAUGUGUGGCCUCAUAGAUUUACUAGUCAACGAGGACAUGAGUGUGGUGACGUCACGACAACAGCUCACUGAACUAGUCAAUAGCCUGCAGCAGUUGUCCAGUGUAGACGUGGUGAAGGGAGUGGGACUGUAUGCUUUGGACAGGAUGCAGCCCAGAGUGUUGUCUUUCGAGGAUCAAGUGGCCUCUCUCAGACAAUACAUGGCCACUGUGUACGAGAAGGAACACAACUGGAGACAGGCCGCAAGCAUUCUGGUUGGCAUUAAGUUCGAUGGGCAGAAGAAGUACGCUGCCGACUACAAGAUGGAGACAUAUCUACAGAUUGCUCGUCUCUACCUGGAGGACGACGACCCAGUCGAGGCUGAGUCAUACAUUAACAGAAGCGGACUUCUAUGCCACGACGUCAAAGAUGAGAAGCUGAACAUCCUCUACAAAAUGUGUUACGCUAGAGUGCAGGACUACAGACGCAAAUUCGUAGAUGCGGCGCAGCGGUACAUAGAGCUGUCAUUCAAAAACAUGGUGCUUCCUCAGGAGAGACUGAAUGCUUUGAAGUUGGCCAUCGCAUGCGCAAUUCUAGCGGGCGCCGGUCAACAAAGGUCACGCAUACUGGCCACUCUCUACAAGGACGAGCGUAGCCAGCAGUUGCCCUCUUUCCCUAUUCUGGAGAAGAUGUACCUGGAAAGAAUCAUCAAGAGGGGAGAUGACCUGAACGAGUUCGAGAACUCACUACAACCCCACCAGAAGGCGUUGACAGCUGACAAGAUGACGAUAAUGGAGAGUGCGGCGAUAGAACACAAUCUGCUGUCUGCCAGCAAACUGUACGUCAACAUCUCCUUCGACGAACUCGCAGCUCUCCUCGGAGUGUCGGCUGAGAACGCAGAAAAGUUCGCUUCUCAGAUGAUUUCAGAGGGCAGAAUGGAGGGCUCUAUUGAUCAACUGGCGCGGUUUGUGCACUUCGAGACCAGUAGUCAGACUGAGCUGUGGGACCAACAGAUCAGACAAGUCUGCUCACAGGUGAAUGACAUCGUCAACCGAAUUGCGACCUCACAUCCCGAGUGGACUGCCAAUGCAUUGGACUCCCAGAUGACAUAGCGGAAGCGGAUCAUCGAUGUAACGACGCGAGUCUGAAGAACAUAUGCGAGAAGAUGUCUUUGUACUUCGGAGUUUGUUUGGACUUUUGACGCAAUAGAAUAGAAAAACGCUAAAAAGAAAUUUUGGUAGCUGAAGUUGAUGUUUGUUUAUGGCUGAUGAAAACUUUUAUCUGAAUUACAUCAUGAAAAGUUACACUACUUGUGUUAUAAUAAUGAGUUAAUUCGGCUUGUGUGGCUUUAAUUCUUCCCCUUUUCAACAGAAA